CAACGUGUAAAGAAAGAAAAUCUUCUCAUAUCCACAAUUAUACCUGGUUCUAAAGGACCAAAAGAUCUAAAUUCUUUUUUAUCUCCUGCUGUUGCAGAAUUGUGCCGAUUAGAGGAAGGUGUAGAAUGCCCUAGUAUUAAGUAUAAUGGUACAUUUGUACUCCAUAGAUGUGUGCUUUCUUGGUCUGGUGAUAUACCAGCACUUACCAAAUUAAUGGGCCUAACAGGUUAUAAUUCAUAUAAAGGAUGUCGUUAUUGUAAUAUAAAGGAUAUUUAUUCUUCACAUGUAUAUUACCCUACAAAACCACCCAGAGAUCAAGAAGGUGAAACUUAUGACCCAGAAAAUCUACCGCUCAGGUCCCAUAAAAAGUACAAAAGUCAAAUACAAAAAAUUCAAAAUACACAAACAACAUUAGAACAAAAUCAAGCAGUUAGAC